AGUAACCCAGUUGUACAGAUUGAAAUGGCCGCUGGGCUAUGGGAGUGGUUCCGGAGUAGAUAAUGCAAAGUGCUAUUUGCUGGUGAAAUUGGCUUGAGGUGUGUGCUGGAUGACAUAUUUGUCAUCGUCUUCAUCCUUUCAAGGACGGACAAGAUACCUGGAGAGGGUGAAGAGUUGAAAUCUCGUCGAGUUCUGGGAGUGCCCGUGGAUAGCUGUCGCCGUUCUGCAUAAAAUGAGCCUGGAGGAGCGCGUGCGGGACCCGGACCGGCGCAGCCGGCUCCAGCAGCUGGAGGAUGACCUGCUGAACGCCCGCUCCGUGCUCAAUGUCGACUGCCUGCUGGACUCGGUGCAGGCGCUGGUGGCCGACAGCGACCAUCCGGCCAUCAAGCGCAUCAAGAACAUCGACUCCUUCCUCGCCCGGUAUGGUGGCGCCGCACGCACCAUCGAGAAUCGUCGCAUGCGCGCCGAGGACUUCUCGCUGAUCAAAGUGAUAGGCCGCGGGGCGUUCGGCGAGGUUCAGCUGGUUCGGCACAACUCCACUCGGCAAGUGUACGCGAUGAAGCUGCUCAGCAAAUACGAGAUGAUCAAGAGGUCGGACUCGGCCUUCUUCUGGGAGGAGCGCGACAUCAUGGCGCACGCCAACUCGGACUGGAUCGUCAAGCUGCACUACGCCUUCCAGGACUUCCGCUACCUCUACAUGGUGAUGGACUACAUGCCUG